AUGUCUUUCCCUAAACCACCAGUCGAACUGAAGGGCCAUUGUUCCGUCGUCCACGAGAAUACUUUCUACAUUCACACUGGCGAUGCUUUUCUAUCGCUACCAUUGAAGCUGGGCGGAAAAUGGACUACACUUCGUAUGGGCGAGCCUGUAUCAGAGGCGUCCUGCACUCUGGGAGGAGUGGAUGGCAAUCCGAAUGAACCUGGUAUCUAUGUAAUUGGCGGAAAGUCCAAAUCAGCUGACUUCAGUGGCGUUCAGCUCUAUUCGCUGGGAGACAAUAAAUGGAGAACAUUGACGCUGAGCGCCAACAACACGGAUAUCAAGAAUCGCGUUCAUCAUGAUGUGAUAUACCUUACUUCAAUCUCCUCACUCUUGGUCUUUGCCGGGAACCAGGAUGGAAGUACAAACCCAUCUAGCCAGACUUUCUUGAUAUCCGCUGCUCCUCCAUAUACAGUGGAGGCGUUCAACUCAGCAGUUACUCCAUCCGUUGAUCCAUUACUGCUCCCUUGGCGCGAUGAUGCUGCCUUUAUGGUUGGAGGUGGUCCCGAUAACACCCGGACAUUCACCUUCAGCAGAAUCGAAGGAUGGCGAGACACCGGAGUCAGCCUAGCAAAGCCUUUGGAAGCGAAGUCGAAAACUCAAUGUUCUAUGUUGAUUGGCGCAGAUGGUUCCAGGGUACUCAUAGUUUUUGAUGUCAGUAAGUCGCCCAACUCAGUGUCACGAUAUGUGAUACUACGUGCAGGCGGCCUUCCGGCGGCCCCUGGUGAGGAAAUCGGUGGCAGAGCCACCGGGCCAUCGAAAAGACAAAGACGCGAUAUUACUCUCACAAACUUUCCCAAAUACAAUAAUAAGAACGCCCCGAACAUCACCCGAAAUGAUUUUUCACUUGCUCAGGAUAGGAAUGGACUGGUUGUUAUUUCUGGCGGCAAUGAUGAAGAACCGUUGAGUAUUUUUGAUCAGGCUGAAAAUAGCUGGGUUGAUACGACAGAGUUGCUUCUGGGAGUUAACAGGACAUUGAGCAGCGUUCCCACGACCACUUCAACGUUUCCAUCUACGUCUGCAUCGAUUGAGCCAACGUCGACUUCUUCCUCUAUUGGCUCCUCUGAGCUAAUACCCAAUACUUCCAACAAGAGGACGUUGGCCAUAGUUGGCGCAACUCUUGGGGCAAUUUUGGGUUUGGCCGCAGUUCUGAUAUUCAUCCUUCUCUUCAUCGGUUGGAGAAAGCGACGGAAUCGGUUCAUGAAGCGGGGCAAGAAUGGAUAUCAAGAGGAUAAGGACCGAUUAAGCUUCCAAGAUCAAGGAAUGGAGCCAUUGACACGCUCCAUACAGCCGAUCGCGAGAGGACCCGUCCCGUCAGCCGAUUCAUGGGCGAUUAUGUCUGGUCAACUUGUUGACAAACCGUUCCAAGCUGCUACUCCUGCCCAGCCCAGUCCAACGCUGGGGCUAGCGGAAAAGGAAACGGGCAGAGCGCCUCUUCGACAAAUACAGACAACUAACCUUCCUGGUCAGAAUUCAACCCCACUUUCUGGGGACAAGGAAGCUACUCGAGGAGAUCGACGCACCGAUGAAGGAUGGAGUAAAUAUUUCCAGGGCGAAAAUGAUACGCAGAUUUGUGGAAGCAUAUCUCCCAGGUCGUCCGCUUCUACCCUAAUGUCCAAGUCAGACUACAGGAAUAGCGGAUGGCCUGAGCUCUCGACGGACGUCACACCUUUAAAUGUUCAAACUCAAAAUGUCGGUCGCGUUCCCUCGGGCAGCCCCAGCACUGAGCACCCACCAAAAUUCGGCGAAACGCUUGUCAUCCAGCAGGGAUUGAAGGCAAAAAUCUCUAGCGGAGAUUCCAUCAGCGUCGUUUCUGAUUACUAUGAAGACGACAAGUACUCCUCCGGCGUCCCGGCAAGCAUACACGAAAACUCAGGCUGGCCUUCCACGGGAGACCAAUUCCGCGACGACCGAGUUCCAAGCAGCAAUUAUUCUAGCAGCUUGUACCAGACACCUGGUCUAUCGACUCAGCCAAGGCGGGAACGUCCAAUUACCCAGUGGCCAACUAAUGAUCAAGAGGUUUCGAGCUCGCAAACGCAAGACCGCUCACAGCCUCAGAAGGCCGCGAACUCAGAUAUAAGCUGGCUUAACCUUGGGGCCGCCGCACGAUAG